AUGAAAAUGGUUUUGUUUAAACCGCUAAUUGUUUAUGAUCAUUUAGGGAAAACCCAGUACAGCCGCAAAACCACCUCGGAACGCGUCAACAAAGAGCGGCAGCGUCAAACGACGACCGCCGACAAACGAAGACACGCCUUCGAAAGUCCAAGCGGUCGACAGGAAGUCAGCCAUAAAAAAACAAGGCAAGAGAUUGUCGAGGAUCUUUCCGACAGCUCACCUCAACAAGCUCCCAGAGCAUCCGAAGCUACCGCCAAUGAACGACCAAUGCCUUUAAAUAUGAGUGCUAUAACACUCG